AUGAUAAGGCGAUAUGUAACAGAUAAAUAUAUUUGUAUAGAAACCUGUUUUGCUUUUAAAAGACGCAUAUGUACACUCUUAAGUAAGGAUGCAAAUUUAGUUAACUUUAAGGAAAAAAAUUCUUUUUCGGUUAACCAAAGUAAUAAUGCAAAUACAUUAUAUAAUGACAAUUUCACACCUCACUGGAUAAACCUGAACAAACAAGAAAAAAACAAAUUAGCUAGCGAAGAAAAGGAAAAACACAAAAUGUGCAAUAAUUCUGAAUGUGUACUAUAUAAAGAAUAUUUGAGUAUUUCCAAAAGGUCUAAAAUGAUGAAAUAUAUCAUAAGAUUAAGAAAAAAAAGCAAUUUUCGAAAAAAAAUGAAUGCAUUUUUUGUAAAAGAUUCAGAAACAAUUGUACAUUUAUCGAAUAAUAACAAUUCCCUUAUAUUUGAAGCAAUUCUGUCGAAUAGUAAAACAUUCUUACAUCAUUUUAAAAAUAAAUGCAAAAAAUUGUAUUAUGCAAAUGAUGACAUAUUAAAGUAUAUUUUUCAUGAUUCACCAAACGUUAAAAAAGAAAAAAACAACGAUUCUAUAGCUAUAAUAAAAAUACCACCAAAUAAUCUUAAAAAAUUUGAAAAUAUAAAAUUUUUGCUUGCAUUUGAUAGAAUUAGAUAUGCAUAUAAUUUAGGGAAAAUAUUAAGCACUGCCUAUUCUAUGAAUGUUGAUUUUUUCUUUUAUGUUCAUAAUACAGUAGAUCCAUUUAACCAUAAAGUAAUUGAAGUAACAAGAGGAUCACAUUUUCAUAUUCCUUAUAUAUUUGGCUCUUAUGAAGAAUUAGAAAAUAUUUGUACCCAACAUAAGCUCCUACCUAUUGUAGCACAUACAAGUGGUAUUAACCUCACUAAUAUUUUGAAAGAAUCGAAGCACAAUGGCGUAUGUCUUAUACUUGGAAACGAAUCGACUGGCCCUCACGCGGACAUCUUAAGCUUUGCAAAGCCGAUUAGUUUACCUAUGCACGAAAUGACCAACUCCUUAAACGUAUCCGUAGCUGCAAGUAUUUUUAUUCAUUACCUCAAAAAUAUGUUGUAA